GAAGCCGGGGCGAGAUGGGCGCGCCGGCCCGGGUCCUGCUGUGGCUGCGGCUCUGCGCUUUGACACAAGCCGCCUACAAACUCUGGGUCCCCAACAUGGACUUCGACACCGCCACCAACUGGAGCCAGAACCGGACCCCGUGUGCAGGCGCCGCCGUCGAGUUCCCCGCGGACAAGAUGGUGUCGGUCCUCGUGCGAGAAGGUCACAGCAUCUCAGACAUGCUCUUGCCGCUGGACGGGGAGUUCAUCCUGGCCUCAGGAGCUGGCUUCGGCGCCCCGGACACCAGCUCGCACCUGGACUGUAGCCCAGGCGCCCCCGCGCUCUUCCUCGACCCUGACCGCUUCUGGUGGCACGACCCGCGCCUCUGGCGCUCCGGGGACGCGGCGCUCGGUCUCUUCUCCGUGGACGCCGAGCGCGUGCCCUGCCGCCACGACGACGUCGUCUUCCCGCCCGACGCCUCCUUCCGGGUGGGUCUCGUCCCGGGCGCCGGCACCGUGCGCGUCCGCAGCGUCCAGGCUCUGGGCCAGACGUUCACGCGCGACGAGGACCUGGCUGCUUUCCUGGCGUCGCGCGCGGGCCGCCUGCGCUUCCACGGGCCGGGCGCGCUGAGCGUGGGCGCCGAGGCCUGCGCCGACCCGUCGGGCUGCGUCUGCGGCAACGCCGAGGUGCAGCCGUGGAUCUGCGCAGCACUGCUCCAGCCCCUGGGUGGCCGCUGCCCCCCGGCUGCCUGCCGAGACCCUCUCCGGCCCGAAGGGCAGUGCUGCGACCUCUGCGGAGCCGUCGUAUCGCUGACCCACGGCCCCGCCUUUGACCUGCAGCGGUACCGGGCGCGGCUGCUGCACGCCUUCCUAGCCCUGCCCCAGUACCAGGGGCUGCAAACGGCCGUGUCCAAGGUCCCGCGCCAGCCCUGGCUGCGUGAAGCCUCCGGCGCGAAGGCGGACACGGAGAUCCAGGUGGUGCUGGUGGAGACCGGGCCCCAGACCGGCGGCGCGCGGCGCCUGGCCCGGGCCCUCCUGGCGGACCUCGCGGAGCACGGCGAGGCCCUCGGGGUCCUAUCGGCGACCGCUCGAGAGUCGGGCGCGCCGGUCAGGGGCGGCUCGGCGGCUGGGCUGAACGCGCCGGGGCCGCGCGCGGGGCUAGCGGGCGGCUUGGCGGCCGCGCUGCUGCUCUUGCUGGCGCUGCUGGCGGGGGCGCUGCUGCUGCACCGCGCGGGGCGGCUCAGGUGCAGGAGGCGCGACGAGGCGGACCCCGCGCCGGCUGGGGCGCCCCGGAGCUUCCACAACCCUGUGUUCUACGCGGCGGACUCCGCGCAGGCGGGGGUGUGGGGCUUCCCCGCGGCCGGACUCCCUGACUCUGCGCUCCCGCAGCUCCCGGCCCCGCAGCCGGACGCCGGGAGCUCCAGCCGCAGCUACUUCGUUAAUCCGCUCUUUGCCGGGGCCGAGGCGGAGGCCUGAGCGGCCGCCUAACCGGCCCGCCGUCCUGUCGGCGCCGCGGGCCCUGUGGGAUACCCCCACCCUCCGCUGGCCAAGGAUAGGGUGGCCUUACCCAAUAAAGGGCUUUCCUGCAACCUGCUGUCAGCCGUGGA